UCAAAGCUUUUUUAUUUUUUUUGGCAACUCCAAAUGCAAUGGCUUCUUCUCCGGCUAAAUCAUUUGAUCUAACAAAGAGAGAGAGAUAAGUAGAAAAAGGAAAGUCAGAGAUGGCGAUGCCGCUGGGCAUGGCGAUGUAUCUGAUGAGAAUGGUUUGGUUAUCUCUGAGUGGUUGGGUCUUCACUUGCGUGGCUAUCGCUGACGAGAUUGCUGGUUCUCUAAGAAACGGAGAUAUUGGUCCUUUCCAUGUCGGUUGAUCCC